UAAAGAUAAGAGUGAACAACAUCUCAACUGCAGAGAAAACGGGAUAUCUGUACCUGAGAAAAUGCACACAGAGAUACACACACAGAGAACGCACUGUGAGAAGCUUCGAUUCCUGGAUACGUAGACAAGGGAGAGGUGAUCUGCUAGAGGACUGAAGGAGAAAAGAAGAUAAGGAGAGAAGAAGAGAAGAGAAGGAGAGAAAAGAACUGAAGACAGGAGAGAAGAAGAGAGUGUGUGAGGGGUGAAAGAAUGUGAGAAAUAGUUACAAUCAAGACGUGUGAGGGAGAUAUAAAAGGAAGAAGUUGGAGAUACAUAAGACCAAGAAAAAGAGGGAAAUAAUGAGGGAGGAAGUGAGAGUCUGAGAUCGUGAAAGACAAGAGCAAAAUAAAGAGACUGUGAAAGAGUCACAGCUGAAAAGUGAGGGUCUGAGAGAAGAGUAAGGAAAGCGAUCAAGACGUCUGUGGAGUGAGUGACUGAGAACAAAGGCAAGUGAGAGAAAGAGCAGUGCCAUCCUAAUCCUCAGUGGGACUCAGCCAGUAGUGUGGUGCGAUGGCGUCGUUUGCUCUGGAGCUAGUGGGUGUGAUCCUGUCAGUGCUGGGCUGGAUACUGAGCAUAGUGAGCUGUGCUCUGCCCAUGUGGAGGGUCACAGCUUUCAUCGGAGCCAACAUCGUCACAGCACAGGUCUACUGGGAAGGGUUAUGGAUGAGCUGUGUGUUCCAGAGCACGGGACAGAUGCAGUGUAAGGUCUACGACUCCAUGCUGGCCUUGCCCCAGGACCUGCAGGCUGCCAGGGCUCUUACCGUGGUCACCAUCCUCCUGGGGGUCAUAGCUCUCCUCGUGGCUACCAUUGGGGCUAAGUGCACCAACUGCAUCGAGGAGGAGGGGGUGAAGGCCAAGGUGAUGGUGUCUGCCGGAGUGGCCUUUAUCCUGGCUUCGCUGACCCAGAUAGUGCCUGUGUCCUGGUCGGCUCACACCAUCAUCCAGGUGUUCUACAACCCCAUCAUCCCCUCAGCACAGAAGAUGGAGAUCGGGGCGGCGCUGUACCUGGGCUGGGCCGCAGCCGCGCUGCUGCUGGUGGGGGGGGCUAUCCUCUGCUGCAGCUGCCCUCCCCAGGAGGACAAACCCAUUACGAGGUACUCAAUCCCCCCCCAGAGCCGGAUGGUGUAUUCCGCAACUCCACGGUCUGCAGCCCCCAGCUCGUACAACAGGAGAGACUACGUGUGAGAAAGGGGCGGCGGGGGGUUGGUAUUUGUGGGAUUCUUAUGUUAGAAUAUAAGGGAUUGUUUCAACUGUUUGUUUAAAUAUACCAGGAGAAUGGGCAAAAUCUUUCACUCCUUCAUGGAAAGGGAGAUGUCUUGAGCUUAGGACGGUUUGAGGUGACCUGAACUCUGAAUCAAGUUUACUCUUAUUCCUCUGAGACCGAAAAAAAAAAGCCCUUAUACACUAAUCAAAACAAAAUUGUUUGUUGUUUUAUACUGUCUGGUUUACUUUCAGUUGUCAGAGACUCAGUUGUCAGGGACUCAGUUGUCAUGGACUCAGUUGUCAUGGACUCAGUUGCCAGGGGCUCUAUUGUUUAUUUUAAGUGUUGUUCUGUCCAUGAGCUGUUCUUGUCUAUUGAUGGUCUGUAUUAUGUCAUGUUUUGUGUGGACUUCAGGAACAGUAGCUGCUUCAGCCAGAGCUAUGGGGAUCCUAAUAAAAUACAAAAUACUCAUCAUAACUGAGCACUACUAUAGGCCACAAUGAUCUUAUUAACUAGAGUUAUUGUAGACUUGCGUUAUACUGUAUCUUGUCAAUACAGGUGAUUAAAUAAUAGAUAAUGUGAUUUUUAAAAAAUGUCACGGCUUGCUGGACCACAACCAACUUGACCUAAAGCCAGUGGUGUAAUGAAAUAAAAAAUACUUUAAAGUACUACUUAACAAGUUUUUUGGGGUAUCUGUACUUAACGUUACUAUUUAUAUUUUUGAGAACUUUUACUUUCACUUCACUACAUUCCUAAAGAAAAUGACGUACUUUUUACUCUAUACAUUUUCCCUGACACCCCAACAAAAACUCAUUUUGAAUGCUUAGCAGGACAGAAAUUAUCCAAUUCAGGCACUUAUCAAGAGAACAUCUCUGGACAUCUCUACUGCUUCUGAUCUGGCGACUCACUUAACAAAAAUGCUUUGUUUCUGAAUGAUGUCUGAGUGUUGGAUAUGCCCCCGGCUAUCCGUAAAUUUAAAAAACACAAACUAUUGUGCCAUCUGGUUUGCUUAAUAUAAGGAAUUUGAAAUUAUUUUUGCUUUUACUUUUACUUUUGAUACUUAAGUCCAUUUUUGAAAUUACAUUUACUUUUGAUACUUAAGAAUAUUUUAAACCAAAUACUUUUAGACUUUUACUCAAGUAGUAUUUUACUUGGUGACUUUCACUUUUACUUGAGUCAUUUUCUAUUAAGGUAUCUUUACUUUUACUCAAGUAUGACAAUUGGGUACAUUUUCCACCACUGCCUAAAGCUGAACUAAAUGUUUUUUUAAAUUUUGGGGAACUUUUUUAGUGUGCUAUUCUUAUUUUGAAUGGUGUGAAUCGCUCCAUAUGUGUAUGUUUCCAAAUGUUAUGUGAAAUAUGUCAAACAAAAGAUUUAGGCUUCGUACUGUUGUCAGAAGAAGAUGUAGGACAGCACACAGCUGGUAUUGCAUUUGAACUGUUGUCUGAAAACCAUAGAGGGAGGAAGAGAAAGGGGAAAUUAUGCAUCAGAGUCCAAUCCGUUCAACAGACGUUUCAACAAUGAUAUGUACAGUAAGACUAGGACAAUAUAUACAUAUAUUUUAUAAGAUACGUAAACAACAAAAAUAGACUGCAGGGUUGCUGGGGCAACCAAACAGUCAGGUCAACAAGGUGGCACAGUAGCAGUAAACUACAGAAUACAAAGAGCAUUGACAGCAGUGACAUUGUGAUGUUUGAGAGUAGGGGAGGAGCUUCAUGGUCAUAUAAAAUGUCAUCGCUUAUCUUCUCACCAUAGAGUGAACCUGUAUAAAAUAAACUACUCAGAUGAAGUUUGGACUUUGAUAUCAUAUCUGUUUAUGUUGUUGCAGUGUGUCAUCCAUUUACUGACAGACAAUCUGGGAUCUUUUGAAAUGAAUAAGCUUUCCAUGGGACGUGUAACUCCUGUACUGUAAAUGAUUGACCUCUGUUUGCCUGGAAAUAUUGUGUUUACAGUUUGAUGAUUCAUACAAAACAGGUUAUAUAAUAAAAGUGUUUUACUCUGUUCAGUAAAA